AUGUGCAUUCAUCCACCUUCUGCUGCCAGUGUCAGGAAUAAUAUACGGAAAUCCUUCUUUACUGAACUAGGAAUCAACAAUAACCUUGAAGUAAUAAAUCUGUUGUAUGAUCAGUACUAUAAUGGAAGCAGCAGGAAUCCUACGGAACAAGAAAAGAACUACGUGAAGGCUUUGUUUACAUCUGAAGCCUACGUAAAGAAUGAGUUUCAUUAUCAUUCUGUUACAAAGAAACAUAAUUUUGAUGAAACUGUUCUCUCAAACUGGACUUCAUAUCUAGAACGGUUUCGGGAGUUCAUAGAGAAAGGUGCACAGUUCACUAGACUAGCUGUUCAAGAACCCUGGGGGGUCAUGAUACUACAGGCCAGCUAUGGUGGUAUAAAGAAGGCUGGCUCCUCAACAGAUUUUAAUCCAUAUUUUGGAACAGAUUACGGGAUCUGCAGUAUCAUCAAACCACAAACAGCAUUUGCUCCAGAGUUUGAAAAACUGCCAUAUUGGAAUAAAGUUUUUGGUAAAAUAAACUGGCAGAUAGCCAAGGGAGCUCAGGCUGGAGAAGGUUUUAAGAUUGCGAUACAUCAUCAUUUAGAUCAACCCAUCAUGAGUAUUAAGGAACUGGAUAUAUCACCUGGCUCUGUUUUCCAAAUAGCUGUAACACCAACUCUGCUUUCUACUUCAGAAGAUGCUGUUAAAAGGUUUAAUCCAAUGGAGAGGGGGUGUUAUACUGAAGGAGAACUACCGUUAAAGUAUCUUCCCUCGAAGCUGUACCGGUACGAGAUGUCCAAUUGUCUGUUUGAAGCUGCCUAUGAACAGAUUUUGGAGUUAUGUAACUGCACCCCUAGCUUUCAUGCCCUGGGGUACAUGGAGAAACCUCAGAUAUGUACGGGACCUGGACUAACAUGUAUGAACAAGAUUAUAAGAGGAAUAGGAAACUACAAGGUAGUAGGUCUAAACACAUAUAUAAAGGAUUAUAAGAGGAAUAGGAAACUACAAGACGAACUCCGUGAGCGUGACAAGUUCAUCCUUCCCUAA